ACCGUACUUGCCGAGAGGUGAUGCUGUAAAGAUUGACCUGAGACAAAAAGACGCAAUCCUCUGUCCACCACAAUGUCUGUAGUCGAAAAAAAUUUAGUGUCGACUGUGCUCACGAAAACCAAAUCUUCUAAAUCUGUCAUAGAAGUCAUCAAGGUCUAUACGAGUGAUGGUGUUGACUUGAAAAGGAGAGAGCAAAAGAGCUCCAAAUGUACGAGGGAAAAGAUACUCUACUACACCUCCACUCACACCUCUCCCCAUUUCUCUGGAAAGACAGCGACGCGAACGUUAACCCGUGCGAAUUCUUUUGUACAAGAACCUGCUUUGGUUUGGUUUUCAUUUGGUCUUGGGCUAAUCUUUACCCAUAGGACUUCUAAGAAAUUGAAAACGAAAAUUAAAAACGCUAGAACUGGUCGAAAAAAUCGCCAGUCACGUAAAAUCCGAGUAUUUACAGCACAGAUAUCAUUAGAAUCUAAAAUUUACAAAAAAAUCGCUAUUAAAAAAACUUCUAGGUCUUCGAGUUUUUAGUUCAAAGAACAAUUAGUCCAAAGCAAACUCUUUCGAGUUUUAAGCCAAAACCAAAAUGGGCGCCACCGAUAUUGUCAAGACCACUCCCAUGGAGUGCCCGGCCCAGGAGUCUAUGGACGUAGUGAAGAUGCCGGGUAUUGAGUGAUAUAAAUAUUUGCCUCUGAAAGAGAUUCUUGUCUCUGACCGAUAUCACUUCGUCGUCGAAAUCAAUGUGAAGAAAAUCCUUUUCUUGUUGUAGAAUGAUCUAUUCUAUUGUCAAUCAUCUUCCAACUAUUCUGACAUAAAUUAAAAUCUAAAUUUUCUAAAUCUUCAUAUACAGCCACCACCCCGGGUCUUCGCCUGUACCCCGCCAUGUGCAACAUGGAAGGAUGCCACGAGAUGCCCAACGAUUCCGCAGACUCCAGCGUUGAUGUUGCGGACUUGAAGUACUUACAACCUUUUUACGAAAACACCAAAAAAACAUCGCGUGGGUCUAGCCUAUGACAAAAUAUCUUGUGAUAUAGUAGGGUCCGUCCUGGAGAAGAACCUACCAGUUCUAAAAAAUCUAAAUCCCCUUCAUCUCUUCAAAAGUAACAAAACUGAUAAUCCCAUCAAGAUGGUAUACACUCGAGCUGAUAAUCCUCUCGCUCUCGACAACAGGCCCUGCUACGCUGAUGGUUGCUCCAUCUGCUCCCUCUACUUGGUUUUCCCGGCUUGCAUUGGUGUCAGCGGAUCUUCCGAAAUGUGCUGCAGCCAAAUGACCUGCGCUUGCUGCAAGGUAACAUCUUUAUGGGAACACAUACACAUCACGAUCUUGGCAUCGUCAAUUGAUAUCAAGUUUUUGAGGUGUCACUCACACUUGACUUUCCUCCUGAUGCGAUCUUAUCACCAUACAACAUCAUACUCAUAGGUCUUGGACUGCUCUGAUGCCGAGAAGCGCUGCUGCACCUUUUGCAACUACAACAACUACUUGAUUAUGCCGCGUACCUGCGUGCAGAACCAGGUCCAGGUCGGCUGCGUCGAUCAGCGUGCUGCUUUUCCGUGCACCAAGGAUGUUCCGUGCCUUUGCAACUACAUGUGCAUUAACUGCUGCGCUGACUUCGGCUGCAAGUUCGCUUGCUGCGCGACGGUACUUUGGAUACUUAUUUGUUUUAGUCGAUUCAAUUUCAAAUUCAAUGGAAUUUAGAAAUUGUUGUUUCUUUUUUAGGAUGAGAUUUAGAUUUUUUACAAAUUUCGAUCAUCCCGGAUACAUACCAGGUCGGCGAUCUCAUUCCCCGCCUGAAGGAGGGAAAGUAAGCUGCAACUGUUCGAAAUUACAAGGAAGAACGAUAAUGAUCCUAAAUAUGAAGAUCAGGAGGAGAAAGUAUGCGGUUGGUGCGGGCGAUGAUAGGAAGCUGUUGUAGUUGGCAGCGCUUUUUCGACGGACUUGAAUGGACGAUCGCAUCAACGCUGGUGGCUGCAAGGCGGGAGCUUCGAGCUUUCCGAAAUUUUGUUCCUAGAACUAACAACUCAUGAUAAGAAUAAAAGGUCGAUGAACAGAGAUUGAUAGGAGAUCAUGGAUGGUUCAUGUUGUAUGUUCUAUAUGGUUCUAAAAAUAUUUGUCUGUAAUGCGACUUAGACGAUGAUUUAGAGUUGUAAUUAAGAUUUUACAAUAAAAAUACUAUGUUCCGCAAAUUCAAAAAUGAUAUGUCUUACUACUUUCUAACAACAACUGAAGCAAUACAUGAAUCUUCGCUUUCGACAUGAAACUUUGUGUACCAGCAUUUACGAUUACGAACUAAAUCAAUUGAUCAUUACAUCUACUUCAGUACUUGAAACUUCAAGAAAAUAUGGAUAGAUUUUGAUAGAAACUGCUAUGUGAGUUUCAACAGCCAACCGAGACAGGCUGACUUCAGGAAGACGACUGCGAAAUCGAGGAGGAGCACCACCUACAUCAAGGGGUAAGAAGUAUUUUGAUAGAUACACACAGUAGUUCUCUUCCUUUUUACCUUUGAAGAUGGGUAUUAGAAGGUCGAGUCUGCUAUUAGGCGUACUAGUACUUAAAAAAACCAGUACCGAUCCCAAAUUCUCUGUGUGAAUUUAUGUUACAUCAUACGCCUCUCGUCGAGUCAGCCUGGGAAUCGUUGCGUAGGAGGUUUCACCUUUCACAACGAUUCUUAUCUUCAGGGAGGAUGACCUAAUCAAUCUAAAACAUCGAAAGAGAUAGGACGAUGGCUUCGAUUUAGAUGAUUUAGAUUUUUGAUAUGUUCACACACUCUCUCAGGGCUCCUAUCUAUCUUCAGAAGGUUAAUCUAAAAUGUGUAGAUUUAGAUAAAGAUGAAGAGUGGAUUGGUCAAUUCUAAAUAUUCAUCAUCUACUACAGCUUUGAUGUGGUGUGCUUAGGAGAAAGACGAUGAUGUAGAAUUGAUCACGCGGUUUGUUGAAGCCGACAUCGGCAUAAGCGUCGAUCCAAACAGGGUACGAUGUCUUCAAUUCCAUGGUGAAACUCAAACUUUUUAUUAUCUCUUUGUCACCUAGAAGCUACUAGAGGUAGGUUUUUAGAACAUCCACGAUAGUAGAUUUAUUAGAAGAGGGCGGGUGUUUUGUCUACUAAAGUUUCUCCUAAAUAUCCUACUUUAAGUUGUUUUUCAGAAGGUGAUUUAGACUAAAAUAUUAGGAGUGCCGAUCACUUUGCUUUUCCUUUUUUCUACAACGUAGUUGUACAGAGGAGGCAAUUUGGAGUUGGACGAGGUGGACAUUUGCCCUGCGAUGCUUCUCUAGCCGAAGAAAAAGACCGAAAAUCAAUAGAAGAGUUCCUAAGAAACUCUAUCAUCUGCUAGAAAAUCUUUAGAGGACCACGGAGAAAUUGGCUACUGCCAGUCUAAAUGACCACCGGCUAUUUUGCUGAAGCAGACUCCUAAAUUUUCUAAAGAGGAUUCUUCAGCUACGCUGGCCAUUUAGGUGUGCAGAGCUACAUUCUCGACAACGGCGCGCGAAGACUCUCUCUUCUCAAAACGACGAGCUGCUAUGACGGAGGACGAUGGCGUUUACAGACGAGACAAACGGGCUAUGGUGAGACAUUAACGACUUCUUAUCUGGGAGAGGCAGAGUGCAUGCGUCUGUUGCGAGAGCACGUGUUGUUAAGCAAAUGUUGAG